UAAAGCUGAAGCCCUUGUACUACUUGACUCAGGUUGACCUAGGAUGACCGUGCAGAUACAAACUUUACAGUGCAGCUUAGAAUUGAUUUCUUGUGAUCUAAAAGUAAUAGAGAGCGUAAAAAGUGAGGAGGAAACCGUCUUUGGGUGUCCCUGUGUUAAACAGAAAAGUUGCUUUGAACGCGUGCUGCAGUGGUCACGAGGAAAGCGGUGAUCGUUACUGUGUUGCUCGCAUGACAAGCGAUGAAAUUUCACGUGCUUUGAAAGUUUAUUUAAUUUUAUAUUCGCAUGCGACGUGACCACUUCAGAGAUCAACAGGAUUGGUUAAAUCCAACAUUGUUCAAAGUCGCAUCGUUCAAAGUGGAAACGUGCAGACGUGAAUAAACUCGACUCAUUACAGAACUUUAAGGCAACCGACGUCCUGAAGUUAGUUUGUGAGGUGGGUAGAUUUUUUUUUGUCAACUGAACUGAUAGACAAAGAGAUUUCUCACGUCACUGAUCAUGUGAGAUAUUUUGAGAUCUAUAGGCCGCAUAAACCUCGCCAACCACACCACUCAAGCUGCUGAAACGUGCACCUGACGUUUGUAAAACCUUGAUAGAAAGCUACUUUUUGAGAUCUUCAUUCAAUGUUUUGUAGAAACAUUCAGAUCGCUCAAACAUUUUGGUCAUUUACUUGUUUUUUCUUGCAUGACAUAUUGUACAAAUAAAUACAUUAUUCACGCUGAUUAGUUUAGACCGCCUGCUUCGACUCACACCUGUAAUCGAUCAGGGUUAUCAUAAAUCCCUUAUUUCCUCUCGGGCUCUAUAUGGAUAUUAUACUACUACUACUACUAAUAAUAAUAUAUUUCUAAGAGCAAGAAGUGAAAUUAAAUAAUGAUAAAACAUCGAGACUUAUUACAUAUUGAGUGUAUAUCUAUAGGAAAGUCUAUUGAUUGAAGUAUUCUGAAACGUAUUAAUAAGUGUGCGAGCGCUAUUCUUGAUGUUGUUCUUGUUGUUGUUCUGUAUUAAUAAUUGUGCGAGCGCUAUUCCUGUAGUUGUAUGCAGUGUUUAGUUAAUACUCAAACAACCCCUUCCUCCUCUGUAAGCGAAGUUGUCACGAUGUAAAAUAAGCCACAUUAACUGUUAUGUUAUGUUUCAAGUAACUACCAAAACUGCUCCUUAUAGAGCCCCCCUCCCCACGUUGCCCAGGGGAGGGUUGCGUGACGAGCUAAAAGAAUGUGUACGUCGGAGUUUUUAAAAUCCGUGUACAAUUGCGAGCCAGUUGUCACUGAGAUGUGUCAGCACGCCACCAACGUGAUGGAGCAAGGAGACAAAUUAAAAUAGAUGGUAGGUAGGUAGAUAAAUAGUCUAAAUAGGUAGGUAGAUUUCAAAAAGAUUUAGAAACGCGCUCAGCCCUAGCAACACUUGGUUAGUUUUCAUGGUCCACACGUAACAGAUAAAGGUUCGUGUACAAUUGCGAGUCAGUUGUCACUGAGAUGUGUCAGCACGCCACCAACGUGAUGGAGCAAGGAGACAAAAAUAGAUGGUAGGUAGGUAGGUAGAUUUUAAAAAGAUUUUAAAACACGCUUAGUCCCAACAACACUUGGUUAGUUUUCACGGAGGGCGUGUCCACAUAUAACAGCUAAAGGUUAAGACCAAUAUUUCAUUACUAAACUACUGGACAAAAAAUUAUAAAAAAUUACUAACAUAAAGAUAACAGCUUGGCAUGACCAACCUACGUUCUUAUACUAGGAAGAGGGCUUCGGUAUCAAGCACUGACUGUUGUAAUUAGGAUCAAGCACUGACAAUACUGAUCGGGGUUAACUUGGCACUGAAAAUAGUGAUUAGGGAUAUAUAUGAGCAUUAACCUUACUGAUUAGGUUUAAGCACAGAAAUUAGUGUUAGGGCUAAACACUGACAAAUUAGGGUUAAGCACGGACUCGAAACGGUUCAAUACGCUCCGGAUUCGAUUCUUGAAGAGAACAACACUUCAUGGAAAUUUGCAAAGCAGAAAUUUCAACAGCCUGCGAAAACAUCCGUUUCUCCUCGCUCUUCGCGGGGAAGAGCGAGGAGAAACGGAUGUUUUCGCAGGCUAAAAUUUCAAGAGGCUUAGAAAUUUCUUGUAAGGCGGUAGUGUGGCGUAGGUGGUGGACUGCAAACACUACUAUAUACAGUCCGGAUUCGAUUCUUACUCACGCUACUCUCAUAUUUUUUUUCCUUAAAAAUCGAAGAGACUUGCACUUUAAUGAACAUUUGCUGACCAGAAUUUUCAAGAAACUUAUCUCAUGUAAGCGUAAUGUGGAAAUAAUAAAUUAAGAAAACAAAGUUGUUUGAACUUCAUCCCACAAGGGGGAACAGUUUUCAGAAUGAAGCUGUUCAGUAUUACGCUCUUCCUGUUUCCAGAGUACCCAAACAAAAUUCUUAAUACACCUUAUGGCUCCUGUACCCGCGCUAACCUUCUUACAAAUCAUUUCAGCAUGACAGUCCCAGCUAAGUUUUUCAUCUAUCAGUACCUCUAGGAAUUUAUGUGUGGAAGUUCGAGGAGCCAAUGAACACCAUACUUUUGAUUGUAGACGGAGUUUUAGUAGCCUGCAAGCAAGCGUUUCCCCGCAAGUUCGUCCAGAAAGUCGGGAAGAGAGCACAAAAGAGGAAUGAAGGGGGAGGUGGAGGGAAGAAAAGAAAAACUUUCCUCUUUUCCCUUCCUUCAUCCCCGCCCCCUCCCCCCACCUUCCUUUUUUUCCCUCUCUCUCUCUCUAACUUUCGCGCAAUAACUCAUCUGAAGAAAACGUUUGCUACGCAAGCUAGUGUGCCACUUACGAAUAUGAUCGAGAUCAGAGUUUAUCUUUACGAUGAGUUUGUUGGCAUCGUUAUUUUCACAUUGUCUAUAAUGCAGCGUGUUUACCUCCCAAAAUUAUGCAUAAGCAUUGUUUUUUAAAAUUCCUUUAAUACACAGGAUUUAGAAACAAUAGUUAUUCAAAAUUUUCGGGGGCGUAGACAACAAGGGCAAUGAGAAAAUGGUGGUUACAGCACCGUUUUUGCCAAGAGAAGAUACUAACUUUGAAGUGAAAUUUUGCCAAGAAAAUCUUUUGCGUCCGUUUGGAAGAUACUUUAUCCAAAACCGAAGUAAGCACUAGAGGAGAAAUCUAAUGUCCAUCGGGGGCCGCUAUAGCCAGACUUUUAUUAUAUGCACCAGGCAAAGGGAACGAAACGUAAUAACAAUUACAUAAAUUUUCCCCUGCAGGGAAAGAAGCUUUAAAAGCAGACGUCUCGUGGUUAGGCCAACGGAGAGAGAAGAUAAUGGCUCCACUAGAUAUUGUGAAUGGCGAGAUUUUUUAACAUGAAAAUUGUGGAUAAAAAGACGUUUGGAAAAAAGGUCAGGAAAGAAACUACUUACUUAAAUAUUGCAUUAAUUCUUCAAAGACUUGAAGAAAAAAAAACCGUCAGGAAAUUUUACUGAUUUAAAAUUCACCUUUCAUGUGUACCUGCUGAUAAAAAAAUCACGAGUGAAGAGCAUGUUUAAUCCAGGCGUAUGAAAGGAUGACUCAGUACUGAGGCACAAGGGACCCUCUUCGACGAUGAACGACCAAAAUAAGCAAAACAACAAUUCUGUACGUGCAUCACGCUUUUUUUGUACAUUUCUUUGCCUUCACUGCACGAGUAGGAUGUGAAAAAUGUCUAAUUUAACGUUUUAUGAAGGACAUAAACAAGCAACGACGAAAUUUUCUUCUCUUUCUGAAGUUGAAUAGUGCUCUUGGUAAUUUAACUCCAGGAGAGUUCGCCUACAUUUGAAAAAGUAAGUGACUUGGAAUAAUCGAGAUGAACAUUGAAAGAAGGUAAAUUGACAUUUUCAGCGAAGUUUUCUUCGCCGCCGUCGUCGGAUUAAGGGGACGUAUAUUUGCGACGUUAGGACCUUUGGACAGUGUAUACUAUAGUGUUACAGAGUCAGUCCCAUUCAGCAGGACACACACGAGCUACUGACGUACUCCUUAGUUAAAACAAGAUUAAAAUCAAGUCAUACUCGACCAUUGCCUCCGCCGCGCAAUAUUUCAUGUACGAGGCUGAGUCAUAGAAUAUUUAGUGCUUGCCAGCCAACUGCUUUAUGUUGUCAUAGUAAGAUAUUUUGUAUUACUUUUUAUAGCUUUUUUAUACAGAUAACCAACUACUCUGAAUCUCGUCCUUUAGUCAAGCAAUGUACAUCGUUGUGUUUUUAAACUCUGAGUUUCGCAAGAACAACCCUAAAUGUGCUCAAACAAUUGUGAGAAGAGUCUGCUGCGAGGGACACUGUAUCACGCUGUUUGGUGAGUUCAAUCAAAAUUUGUGUCAUUUCAUGGUGUUCACCAUUUUCUUGCACCCUCAAAAAGAAAAACAGGACAGCCGUGGGUGAAACAAAAAGGUGGGCUUGAACUGUUAAUAGCUACAACUGAAGAUUAUAUUUUCGCGAAGAUUCUUGGGCAACGCUUCGAGGCUGGGAACGCAGUUUUGAACUUUGAGACGGUAGACUACUCAUGCUUUUGCUAUAUCAACCCGCUUAACAGUCUCGUCAAAGGCUCCAUUUGCUUUUUCGUGUUACAAAAUUGCUUAAAGUUUGGCUCUCAGCACUAUUGGGAAUGAAAGGCUUUAGCAGACUAUUACAAAAACUUAAAAGCGAUCUAGACAAUGAGACAGGGAAGAAAGGAUAGACGAAAGAAGAACGAGCGCAGUUUUAGCUAGUCUGCGAGCAAGCUCUCUCUCCUAACCGUCUGACCCAUUGAUUGCUACUGGCCUCUUCUCCAAUUACAAUCCUGAGUUUUUGUGUUUGUCACAUUUCUAGCCACUUCUUGUCAUCUUAAUUAUUGCAAAUGCCCGUAAGGCUAACAACGAAACCAACCAGUUUUCAAAACUAACAUGUUGUACGUUAUUUCUGUCCAGCGUCGACACCCAAGGGUCGAUUGUUUCCAGUGCUGGAGGAACCUCGUUCCCAGUUCACCUCAUGUUUUGGUCAGAAACCUGCUCAACUGGUCCAAGACAGGAUUUCCAAGUCAGACGCUAUCAUCUUACUAGCUGAUAAACCUGUUUAUGAAAUCCCUCGAGACUUUCAGACUGUAAAAGAACAUUGUAACGGAGACGUGUAUUCAUGGUGUUGGUAUGGGGUUCACUGUGCCUUGCUCGGUGGAACAGUUAACAAUAAAAGAGUGGCGAUACAAUUAAGGGCGCUACUAGAAGACUCCGCUAAUUUGCUCGUUGGAAGUAUCUUACCACGCCCAUGCAACUUUGAGAAAAUGUACAAAGUUGAUCCGAUGCUUGAGACUGGAGAACCUUGUGUGACUUGAUCACGUGUGGAUCACGUGUGAAUAAAACGCACCGGAGAACAAAAGAGGGGGUACACGUCUCGUGGUUGGACCAACUGACAGGAAAGCUAAUAGUUCCAAAGGAUAAUUGCGAGAACGUUUAAAAUAUGAAUGAGCAGAACGUUGUAAAAGCUUUGAUUCUGGAUAAUCAAAAGGGCGUCAUAGGACGAUGAUGGGGCAAACAAGAAGUGCUCUGCAAGUCACAAAACUUAAAUCAACAAUUAAUAUUUAUCUAGUAAUACUUCUAAGGAAGAAAAGGCUUCUUGUGAAAAAAAAAAGUGUCUUAGGAAUCGGGGCAUUCGCUUAACGCGGAAUGUAUAGGCAGCGCAAAGCAGUGCAUUGAGACAAGGAGUGACUCCUUUUUGGAGCCUGGCUGAAGAGAUUCUUUCAAAAUAGACUUUCCGAGCACUUGGUGAUCGUCAAAUGAUUUGUGGUUAUUUCUGCUCAUGAUCCGUUAGAUUUUCGCUUUACAGAUGCCUUGGAAUUUAUGAAAAGGUUCUUGACUGAAGUUUUUUAUGCAAUGUAUCCACAAUCAAUAAUAGGAAGAACUGUUUCCUUUUGCACAUCCAUUCCUCCAAGGCUAUUUUAUUACGUCACCAAAUUUAACGUAGCAGUGGAGAUGAAAAUGUGACUUGUCAGGCAGUUCGUCUUGUUACGUGACCAUAUCAUUU